CCAGAGACCCUCCCUCUGAGGGAGGAAGAAACCCUCUCCCUGCUUCUCUUCACCUGCGCGCUGCUUUCUCACCUUUAUUAACAGCUAAACUGUAAAAAAGUGAUUUUUAAUUAUUUUAUUUCCGCGUGACUCGGUGUGUUCCGGAGUCUCAGAGGCGCGCGCGCGCUGGCUCAGUUCUCUGUUCCGACUUGUCAGGACCUGUGCGCGUGCGUGUUUGCGCGCGCACUCCGAGCAAAGCGAAGCAAAGCGUCGCGAGCGCGGUAGUGUCAUGGCCGUGAACGAGAGAGCCGCGCGAGCUCUGAAGGACAUCAUCAAGCGCCACGGCAACGGAACGUGCGCGGACUGCGGCGCUCCGGACCCAGAAUGGGGAUCCUGUUCCUUGGGAGUGUUUAUUUGCCUCAUUUGUUCCGGCAUCCACCGGAACAUUCCCGACAUCGGAAAGGUCAAAUCUGUCCGACUGUCCCACUGGGAGGACUCGGAAGUUCAGUUCAUGGAGGAGAAUGGAAACGAGGUGGCCAAAAGUAAAUUCGAGGCUUAUGUGCCGGUGUACUACUACAAACCCACUCACAAAGACUGCCAAGUCCUGAAAGAGCAGUGGAUCAGAGCGAAGUACGAGCGGCAGGAAUUUACCCAAGACGGGAAGCCGCUGGUGUACGAAGAGGGGACCAGAGACGGCGUGCUCAUGAAGAGGGGGCGAGACAACGGGCAGUUCCUGAGCAGACGAUUCGUCCUGUCGGAAAGAGAAGGGACACUUAAGUACUACACGAAGCUUGAUGCCAAAGAACCGAAAGCUGUAAUAAAGGUGGACACCAUCAACGCCUCAUUCCAGCCAGAGAAGAUCGGCAACCCGAACGGCCUCCAGAUCACUUACCUGAAAGACUACAACACGCGCAACAUCUUCGUCUACCACGACAAUAGCAAGGAAAUAGUGGACUGGUUUAACUCGAUUCGAGCCGUCCAGCUACACUACCUGAAAGUUGCUUUCCCUGGGUCUUCCGAUCUUGAAUUAAAACCCAAACUGACGCGGAACUUCCUGAAAGAGGGCUACAUGGAGAAGACCGGACCACGGCAAACAGAGGGUUUUAAGAAGCGCUGGUUCACCCUGGACCACAGGAGAUUAAUGUACUUCAAGGAUCCUCUGUGGAGGCCCUCUUUAAGCAUAAACACUGACCGAUUGACACGCACUUCCCGACUCCAGCCUGACCCAUCACCUCUUUACUUCGAGAAUGAAACACUACUUGUUUAUUUUUAUACAUGGGAGUACUUGAGUACUUUUAGUGCUGGUGUGUUUACUGUAAUUACCAAGCCAAGGAGAUCAAGAUCCAUUUCAGUAACAGUCACUUUUAAAAGCGUUUUUGGUUUCUCUGUUCUGUAUUUGAUAUUGGAUAUACAUGAUAUCGGAUUGCAUUCGGUCCGUGUACUUUUUCGUUCAUUCAUUAUUCUAUUUUGGAAGUCACAUGAGAAAGGAAAAAGGACUCGUUUAUGAAUUUUUACACUCGUGUAUGACUUGUGAAAUGGAAUCCAGAGCCAUGUUUUGAUGUAUUUUUAGUUAUUGAAAACGAGUCACUGAACAGCUGAAAAAGGGAAAAAGCAAUUUUGAAAAAUGCCGUUCCGAAUUGCGUUUUAGUUUAUUUAGAAUUUAGGUUUUGGGUGACCUGGAAGCCUAAGCUUGUGGGCGGGUUGGGAGCGUUAUGGUUUGUUUAUUCUCAUCCGCAUGACAUGGCGUCUUUGGAGGCGUAUUCCGACUUAAUUUGCGAAAUGUUGCGAAGGCAUGCUACGCGUGCAGAUAUUUCACAGCACCUCAAAGACAUUGGCACAGGACAUGGCUGUUCUGUUAUGAGCGUACGGAGGUUUUUGGGAUAGCAUCCAUGAUCCGUGAACUCGCUGGAGGUCGAUCUAUCGUCGUCGUCUUGUGUGUUGUAAGUGAGACAUGAGUGAGCGCGGGCCAGGCGGUGUAAUUUACUUCCAGGUGAAAUAUACUGUAGGAUCAGUCAAAUGAAAUUCAAUCAAGGAAUAAAUGGAUAUUACAAAAUAAGAAAACGAUCAGAAAUGUUGUCCACUUUUCUAAUACUACUAUUUGAUGAUGGCAAUACAUUUCGAGAACAAAAUGGAGCCAUUUCUGCUUGUAUUGUUUGAAAUAAAACACCAAGCCGCGCCCUUUUUUAAAUUUCAUCUUUCAUUCCAAAAUAGAAUAAUGAAUGAACGAAAAAGUACACGGACCGUGUUCAAUCGUAAUUAAUACAUUAUCUAAUCUAGCAAACUAUUGACAUGGACUCUGUCCUUCUUUUUUUUUUUUAAUUGCUCUGGUAGAGCCUGAAUUGCAUUUGUUUUGUCCUGAGAUGCCCUCUGUUGGUAAAGUUAUGCCAUUUAAUGCCGAGCUUUUAAAGGAAAAAUCCACCAUGCAUGAUCUUGAUAUUAAAAUUUAUAAUUCACAAGUUCAGCAAAUAAAUAAAUAAAUAAAUUGACGGACGGGGGCGGCACGGUGGUGUAGUGGUUAGCGCUGUCGCCUCACAGCAAGAAGGUCCUGGGUUCGAGCCCCGGGGCCGGCGAGGGCCUUUCUGUGCGGAGUUUGCAUGUUCUCCCCGUGUCCGCGUGGGUUUCCUCCGGGUGCUCCGGUUUCCCCCACAGUCCAA